AUGGCACUUAGUAUCUCAAUCUCUCGUUUCUCCUUUUACUUUGUGUCUCUAGUUUUGCUUCUAUCUUCCUUCUCCUUUGUUUGCUUCUCCCUCUCUACUGUCUCGAUCUCUCAUAUCUCUAAUCAGACCCUUGUAUGUGCUCUCACCAACCAGUCGUAUAUCCAAUGUUCUAGUUUCCCUUUAAAUUCGAUUCGUUUUUCUUUAACCGGCAACCUCCGAAAUAGUAGGUUUUCCGGCCUUGUAUCCGGGAAUGGGUUUGUUUGCGGGUUGAUAUCGGCGCAUGAUUCAAAUAUUUCUACACUUAUUUGUUGGCGAUUCUCUGUUAACGGAGCUAAUAUGUCGCGCAAAAGAAUCUACCAAGGUCCUGAGCUAGAACAAUUAGAAGCCGGGAAUUCGCGCAUUUGCGGAAUUGAGACAGUCUCAAGGCGCCUCCGUUGCUGGCAACCGGUCUAUAUGCCACGUUUGGCUAAUUAUAAUUCCAUUGCGGUGAGUGAUAAUCUUUUCUGUGGGCUACUUCAGCUACCUGGAAGGAUCAGUUGUGAACAAGAAGGUAUAUCCAAAGUGCCGAGUGGAGACCAUUACAUCGCGAUAGCAGCCGGGUCAAGACAAGCGUGUGCGAUCACAGUUAACAAUGAUAUGGAGUGUUGGGGACAACCGCAGUUUCCGCCACGAGAAAAGUUCUCAGCACUAGCGAUUGGGGAAAACCGUAGCUGCGGUGUUAGGUGGUCUAAUGGAACAGUGGUGUGUUGGAGCAACAACAAUAACAAUUUCAAUUUGCCACAGACGCUUGAGGACAUUCAUUUCACAUCAAUAUACGCUAAAGGGGAUAUAUUUUGCGGCGUUGCCACAAAAAACUACACUCUAUAUUGCUGGGGAAAUGAGAAUUUUAAAUCGGGUAUUUUUGUUCCGUUCGAAGGUCGAAUUUCAAAAUUGGUAAUGCCAGGACCGUGUCGAAAAGAAUGUCCUUACGGUCCAUUGUUAGGAUCACAGUCAUUAUGCAGCAACGAUUUAAUGAUUUGCGAUUUGAAGAGAAAGGAUGGAGUAUUUCCUGAUACACGGGCACAACAACACUCUAAGAACAAGACUUGGAGCACAAGAAACAUUGUGUUUGUUAUAGUUGGAUGCGUUGGAACGUUAUCUUCGCUCUUAGUCAUCAGUUUCUUGGUCUAUAAAAGCAACUAUCGAUGCCGUGUCCAUGACUCUGGACGUCUCGAUGAUAAUAGGACAAUAGAUAUACCCAAGCUUGAGAAGAGGCUGAGUAGUCUAGCUAGUUUAGGGAACCCUGGCCAGCUCAUGGAGUUUUCAAUUAUUGAGCUGUCUCAAGCUACAAAUGGUUUCUGUGUCCGGUUUCAGCUCGGGAUAGGCAGCUUUGGCUCGGUUUACCAAGCCGUUUUGUCGGAUGGACGUCAUGUCGCCAUCAAACGCGCUGAACUCACAAACCCGGCAUCAUCUAGGACAACGAUGAAAAACCGAAGAGCAGACAAUGAUUCAGCGUUUGUGAACGAGCUAGAGUCUAUGUCGCGGCUGAACCACAAAAAUCUUGUUAGACUUCUCGGUUUCUACGAAGACACAGAAGAGAGGAUUUUAGUGUAUGAGUACAUGGAGAAUGGAUCUCUCUCCGAUCACCUUCAUAAUCCUCGAUUUGACCCUAUUACGUGGCAAACACGCUUGAAUAUCGCGCUUGACGCUGCACGUGGAAUUCAAUACCUCCAUGAGUUUGUUGUGCCUCCGGUCAUCCAUCGUGACAUAAAGUCGUCGAACAUACUGCUUGACGCCAUGUGGACAGCCAAAGUAUCAGAUUUUGGCCUCUCUCAGAUGGGUCCAACUGAAGAAGAUGAUGUGUCACAUCUCUCCUUACACGCUGCGGGUACGUUAGGCUAUAUCGACCCAGAGUACUACAAACUUCACCAGCUCACAACCAAGAGUGAUGUUUACAGCUUCGGCGUCGUGUUGCUAGAGUUACUCUCAGGUUACAAAGCGAUACACAAGAACGAAGAGGGGAACUAUAGAAACGUCGUGGAGUAUGUUGUACCUUACAUUUUUAUGGACGAGGUUUAUAGGGUACUUGACCCUAGGAUUUCUCCCCCAACGCCAUUCGAAAUCGAGUCGGUGGCUCAUCUCGGACACUUGGCCGCAGAUUGUCUAACGCCUUGUGGUCGGAAAAGGCCGUCAAUGGGGGAUGUAGUGAGUAGACUAGAGACAGCUUUGGCCGCUUGUUUGGUGGCUCCGACAGAGAAAGUAACUCGAUCAAACAGUUACUAG